CUUUCCAACAAGCUUGUUGUCGACUCCUUGCCCCCCCCCCCCCUCAUCCAGCUUUGGUUCUUGAAGGCAAAGAGGAUGCCCGUGUUUCGCUUGCCGCACUCGCCCGGAGUGCAGCGGCCCUGGGCGACGCUGCAAGGCAAGCUGGAGCGGGCUAAGCGGCUUGAUUGGCGUGAGCCACGGCAGGCGCUGAGGCAGUGGACGCAGUUGUUGGGGGACACAAGCAAAGCUGCACUGCAUGUCGACAGUUCUUGUGCGCUCCCGGCUGCAAUGCGGGAGCUGGACGCCCGCUUUGGCGUCAACCCAGCCGACAUCAUGGCAUUUGUGAUCCAACAGGCGCUGGACCUCCCUGCCUUGUUUCCGGAGCACGCUGCGGAGGAAAGCGACCUACCUUCCGCCAUUGUGAAGGGUGCAGACGGCUCACCUGUCCCGAGCCGCGCUCCCACCUCACACACCUUCAGCGCGAUCCCGAUUCUCAUGCCCACGGCACCCGCGACUCAGCAGCAGAUUGUGUUCUCCCGAAAGCAGCUGUGCUCUUUGCUUGCACACGCCUUCUUGGGCACGCUCAUGCAGCCCGGAGCUGCGCACGGGGAAGAGUUCUUCGUCAACCGGGGCGAGCUGCCCGAUGUCGGCGAUGACCACGACAUUCUCACGGGGUCCCUCUCUUUCAUCGCACUGCUGCGAUACCCGAGCAAGGUUGCAAUGCACCGCACGCUCUGCAUGCUGCUUUACUUUGCGCAGAUGAAGGAACACAUGGGCACGGUUGGGGAUGAGCUUGUGGCCUUUGAGCGCCACACCCUCGCAGCACAAGCACCGCCACCGUCUGCAACACCAUCCCUCGAGAAAGGCACAAAGCCUGCCUCCACCAGCGCCAGCACCGCGUCCACCGACAGCCCAGCGUCCGAUGACACCGCUAGGCACAGUCCUGGGGCUGCGUUCGACGUUCCAGAUUGGGCCUCGUGUGAGAGCUGCGUCGGCCGCAUCAUCGUGCACGACAAACGCAUGGAGGACGUGCGACCCAUGUCUGCGCUUGUGGACUUUGCCAACCGCGAUCUGAUGAUCCACGAGGUGAUUCCCAGUGCGACACAGGAGGAGGUGUUGUUCAGCACGCGGCCCGAGCUCUUCGUGUCGAUGCUGUUCAUCCCGCGGUUGCGUCCACACGAGGCCGCGGUCAUGCGCAACUCGCGCAUGGUGGUCGACUACACGGGCUAUCAGGCCACCUUUGCAGUCAAGGAGAAGCUCGAGAUGCAGCCUUCUGCGCUGGCAACACCGGCCAUAGCGCGCCCGACCACCUGCAGUGAUGUUGUUGCCAUCGACGCCGUGGUGAAUCGCGGGUUGACGCAGUUUACUCUGGCCAGCCUGUACCGCGACCUCAACAAGGCAUACGCGGGCUUCUGCGGCUGCUUUGGACUGCGCACCCCAGCGGGCGACAAGGGCGAGCCCCAAGCAGACGAAUCAACGGGCGACGGCGAAUCUCGUGAGCAUCGAGGCGCUGCACGUGUUCUCUCCUCGGGACUCUGGGGCUGCGGCGUGUUCGGUGGUGACCCGGUGCUGAAGAUGCUUCAGCAGCUCAUGGUGACGUCGCACCUUGGCGUGGACCUUCAUUUUUCCACAUACAAGCAGCCAUCCACCCAGGCCAAGCUGCAGCGCGUUGUUGCGUUGCUGGCGCAGCUGCCAGAUCUGAAAGUACGCGAUCUCUUCAGUAUCAUGACUGCCGCGCCGGCAAGCGGGUUUGCGCGCGACAAGACCGUCUUUGGGGAGUUUGUCAUCCACCAGCUCAAGCAGCGCGCUGGCCAGCCCUCUGAGUUUGACACGGGGCAGUUUGCGUGCACAGAGGCUGAGGUGCGAAUCCGUCAUCUGAUGGCCCAAGCGGAGGAGGCCGAGGAGAAGGCUGAUCGUGUGCGUGCCAUGGCCCUCUACCAACGCGCACGCGCCAUUGAUCGCGCGCUCUUUGACGCCCUCAUGAUGCCCUCAGCCUGAGUGCACACGGGUGUGCGUGCAUGUGUAUGUGCUGUGUGUAAGCGUGUACACUUGUGUGUGUAUGUGUGUGUGUGUGCGUCCGUGUGUGCGUACAUGUGUAUGUGCUCUGUGUGUGUGUGUGUGUGUGUACACUUUGUGUGUGAGCGUGUACACUUGCUUGUGUGUGCCUAUCACUCUCAUUCACUCAGACAUACACCAUCUCCCUUCCCCUAAUGCGCGUUCCUUCAUUUUUCGCAAGGCGAUUCAAAUAAACGGCUUUGAGUGUC